AUGUCCAACCCUGACAUCGCAACUGAGACUCUCACCCUCCUCAGCUUCUUGAAAUCCGACCUCUCGGAGCUGAAGGCGAGGAAGAAGAGCGGCCGGUCAAGCGACCAAGAGGAGGCGGCCUUGAGCGGUAAUGGCGGCAGGUGUGAAAGCGGCCACCUGGGCACAGCUGGGCACCAGCCAGCAGGCAGAACCCAGAGUGAGGUUCAGGCACCCAGCCGUUGGGUUCUGGGCAACCGUCCAACUCUGAAAGAUCUCACGGCGACUCUGCGGCGAGCCAAGUCUUUUACCUAUUCGGAUAAACCGGCACCUCGCCGGUUCUUCUACCAGAGUGCCAUGAAGCAAAGCUCCUCGGAGCUCCUGCUGGCCACAGGCAGGGACCACGAAGGCACAUUUUCCGAUGGCGAGAUUGGCCGGGAUGUGGACGACGGGGUGCCGGUGGUCGUCCAGGACCAGUACAUUCAAGAAGCGAGGCAGGUCUUUGAGAAGAUAAGCAAGAUCGGUUCCCAACAUGACUAUAACUUUGGUUUGGACCAGAAGGAUAGCGUAAACUUGAAAGGCGGAGGAGAGGAUGGAAAAUUUUCGGGAACGCCAGAAGUUAGCCAUGAGCAGAGCUUGGAAAAAGUUGAUUUGGAAAGGGACAACUCUCGCAGGAAGUCUUUGGAAGAACUCUCGGGUCCCGAGUCCAGCAUGACGGAUGAAGGCAUCGUAACCGAGCUAGAGACGUGUCCUGCCUAUAGGUAUCUCGAUCCGUCGGUUGCAGCAUGGCGGUCGGCAAACCAAGGAGAGAAUGAAGCCACCUUGGCAGAGUUGAAGGGCAUGCUCCUCCCAAGUCAUAUGGCCAAAGUGAAUAAAGAGAAGGCCACUGCCGUUGACGAGGCCCUUCCCAAGAUGGGACCCCAAGGGUUGUCCGAGGCACCGUCAACUCCUGGAGCACUGCGGCGCCGACGGAAGUUUCCAUCUGUUGGAAACGGCGGCUCUGAGUCCAGUAACGGAAGCAAUGGGGAACCCAACGGUGAGACCUACAGAUCCUUGAGUGACCCCAUGCCCCACAGAAGGUGCUCGAUCACGGAGGAUUCCAAGAAUUUUUCAGUCGAUAGUAACCUCCUGGGGUCGCUGAAUUCCAAGUCCGGCAUCCCGGAGUCGUCGCCCGUCGCCCUAUCCGAGUGCACGGGAAGCGCUGCCAGUGACCUGUCCGUCUGCAGCGACGGCGUCAAGGAUUACAGCACGGUGAUCCAGAACAUUGUCAGCCAGCCCGGGGCCAUGGACAAAGUGAUCGACGAGAAGGGGAAUGGGAAGACCAUCAAGAAGAAGUCCUUCAGCGACCCCAGCCGCCGUAGCGAGUUAGCCACCACUGGCUUCGACGGCCCCGGAGAACCCAUCAGUGAGAUGGACCAGGUCAUCCCUCCGUCCAGCAGCGAACCCAUCCUCUCGGAACAACGAGGCCAGUCGAUGGAGCAGGACCAGGACAUGGGGAAGCUGUAUUCCCAAUCUGAACACAUCUUGACUACCCAACUGGAGAGCGAUUUGAUGGAGGUGGCCCAAAACUAUGGCUUUGAUCCCAAGUUAGCAGAAGUCCUGUCUCCAAGGAUUGUCCGGCGUAGUUCCAAGAAGCGCACCAACAGGGUCAACGGCCACGAGAACAGAAAAGAAGAGGCCACGCCAUCCACCACCACCACAGUCCCUGCCACUUUAGGGACCAUAAGGCCAGCCUCCAAACAUGUGCGCCACACCAGUGAGCCGGCCACGUUUAUCCCUGUCUCAGAGGUCCACUCGCCUGCUUCUCUGAACCUGAAUGCCCACGUUGCAACGGCAGAAUCCUCUCGUUUGCCUGCAAAACCCUACCCGGUUCUCCAAGCGCCAUCCUUGGAGGAUGUCACCAAGCACUACAUGCUGACCCUUCAUUCGGGGGAAUCGUCCCCCACUAACACUGUGGAUAUGCCCAGAUCUUCGCCUGCCACGCCAACUACAUCGGAGCUCAGGUUGCCCAGGUGUCCAAAGCAUCAUGAGGAGCCAAGCACCAGAAGCAAGCCACAAGUGGACAUGCGGAAACAUGUCACUCUGACCCUCCUGGACACGGAGCAGUCGUACGUGGAGUCGCUUCGAACCCUGAUGCAGGGUUACAUGAAGCCCUUGAAGCAGCCCGACAACUCCAUCCUCUGUGACCCUUCCUUGGUUGACGAGAUCUUCGAUCAGAUCCCUGAGCUUUUGGAACAUCACGAGGAGUUCCUGGAGCAGAUCAGCGAGUGCGUGCAGAACUGGCACGAGAAGCAGAAAGUGGGAGACAUCCUGGUACAGUCUUUUUCCAAGGAAAUCCUCGUGAACAUUUACUCCGCCUACAUCGAUAACUUCCUCAAUGCCAAAGAUGCCGUGAGGAUCGCCAAAGAAGCCAGGCCGGCGUUCAUGAAGUUUCUGGAGCAAAGCAUGAGGGAGAACAAGGAGAAGCAGGCGCUCUCGGACCUCAUGAUCAAGCCAGUGCAACGGAUCCCACGCUACGAGCUCCUGGUCAAGGACCUCCUGAAGCACACCCCCGAAGAACAUCCCGACCACCCGUUCUUGAUAGAGGCCCAGCGGAGCAUCAAGCAAGUGGCCGAGAGGAUCAACAAGGGGAUGAAGAGCGCCGAGGAGGUGGAGCGGAACGCCCGCAUCGUCCAGGAGAUCGAAUCGCACAUCGAAGGAAUGGAGGACCUUCAGGCCCCGCUGCGGAGGUUCCUACGCCAAGAGAUGGUGGUGGAAGUGAAAGCCGUGGGCGGCAAGAAGGACCGGUCCCUCUUCCUUUUCACAGACCUGUUGGUUUGUACCACGCUGAAGCGGAAGUCAGGGUCCCUGCGACGGAGCUCCAUGAGCCUUUACACGGCAGCCAGCGUGAUCGACACCACCAGCAAGUAUAAAUUGCUCUGGAAGAUGCCAUUGGAAGACAUGGACAUUGUGAAAGGGCCCUCUCAGUCCACCAACCGGGAGAGUAUCCAGAAGACCAUCUGCCGCCUGGACGAGGACCUCAGCACCCUCGGCCAAGUCAGCAAGCUGUCCGAAACCCUCAGCUUUCCACAUCAGACCCUGGACGACGUCAUCAAGGACCUGAUGGCGGCCAUCCACCGGGAGCUGGCCGAGAAGCAGUCGCUCUCCUUCACCAUGUCCUUCCCGCCCAACAAACUGGAGCUCACGGCCUCCAAGGCUGACAGCAACGAGUCCUACUUCUUCGAGUUCCCCAACCCCGACGCCCGCCAGAGCUUCGAGCAUGCCUUCGAGGACACCAAGAAGAAACUAGCUUCCAACAAAAAUUCCCUGGAUCCUGAGUUCCUGAAGGCGAUUCCCAUCAUGAAAACGAGGAGCGGGAUGCAGUUCUCCUGUGCAUCUCCCAGCCACAGCAGCCUGGAAAACGCCUACGAGGUGUGGGUGUGCAACAGCGACGGCUACGUGGGGCAGGUCUGCCUCCUCAGCAUCCGGAAGGAGCCCACCGUGGAAGCCUGCAUCGCUGUCUGCUCGGCCCGCAUCCUCUGCAUCGCCUCCGUGCCUGGCCUGAAGAGAACGUUCAGGGAGCGUCCGGAGUCUCUGACCUGCCCUUCCUCUGAGCCACUCCAUGCCACGCUGGAGGAGGCAGGACCCCAGCAGUGCUUGCAUAUCUCCAUUUCCGGAUCUUCGCUGGAGCUGUCGGAACCUAUGGACAGCGCCAACCGAGAACUGGUCCCCUUCGACAGCGACGACAGCGACGACGAAUCCUCACCCAGCCCCUCCAGCACCCUCCAGAGCCAAGCCAGCCAUUCCACCAUCUCCUCCAGCUUCGGAAAUGAGGAAAUCCCGAGUUCUAAAGAUGCGACGGCAGAAACUACCAGCUCGGAAGAAGAGCAGGAUCCGGCCGCCUUCCUCCCCAUCGCCAGCACUUUCGUUCAAAACAGGAAUAGUGAGAGCCCCAUGGACGGGAGGGCUGUGAGGCGGUCGAGUCGAGGGUCAUUCACCAGGGGCAGCCUAGAAGACCUGUUGAGCAUCGACCCGGAGGCCUAUCAGAGUUCGAUGUGGCUGGGGACCGAAGAUGGCUGCAUCCACGUCUACCAAUCCUCAGACAACAUCCGCAACCGGAAGAACAGCAUGAAAAUGCAGCACGCCGCUUCAGUGACUUGCAUCCUGUAUCUUGAUAACCAGGUGUUUGUAUCGCUGGCCAAUGGGGAGCUCAUUGCCUAUCAAAGAGAAGCAGGCCGUUUCUGGGACUCUCAGAACUCCAAAUCCCUCGCCUUGGGCUCUCCGGGCAGCCCCGUAACCAAGAUGGUGGCCGUGGCGGGGAAGCUUUGGUGUGGAUGCCAGAACCGAGUCAUCGUCUUGAGUACAUCUACCCUGCAGCAGGAGCAUUCGUUUCACGCUGGCCAGGACAGUAGCCGCAGUGUGACCUGCCUGGUCAGCUCCAGCGUGGGCGUCUGGGUGACCCUUCAGGGCAGUGCCCAGGUGAGGCUGUACCAUCCGGCCAGCUAUGAACAACUAGCGGAAGUGGACGUCACCCCUCCGGUCCACAAGAUGUUGGCAGGGUCAGACGCCAUCAUCCGUCAGCACAAGGCCGCGUGCUUGCGGAUCACCGCCCUCUUGGCGUGCAAGGACCUGCUGUGGAUCGGUACCAGCGCAGGGGUGGUGCUGACGCUCUCCAUCACGGCCAACGCCGCCUCCUCGAAGACUCCGCCUUUGCCGGUGGGCCUCUCGCAGGGACACACGGGCCAUGUCCGAUUCCUCACUUCCAUUGAGCUGCCGGAAAGUUUCGAUGUCCUUUUCCCCUUGCCCAGGGAUCCAGGUACAGAGAAGUCCAACGACCUGGAGAAGCGCGACUCAACGAGACACAGGCCUCCCAAGUCGAAGAUGCUCGUGAUCAGUGGUGGAGAUGGUUACGAAGACUUCCGGCUCACCAACAGCAGUGAGACGGUGGGCCGGGACGACAGCACAAACCACCUGCUGCUCUGGAGGGUCUGA